GGACUCUCUCUCACCAAGACAGAGAAGAAACACCCCAUGAAACCCUUUACGAGCAUCUAGUGGCGGCAACCAUCUUUCACAUGAUCUCUGUCUCUUUAUCUGUACCUUCGCUGUCUUCGUCUGAUGCCCAACUUCAACUUUCAUUCUUCCCCCACCUUCCUUCUUUCCUUCCUUCCUUCUUCCCUCAGUUCCUCUCUCUAAGACCCUUUCCCAUGGCCUCACGCGCAGCCCACGUCCCUAUAUAUAAUAACCAUUUCCCCCUACCAAUAGCCAAAUCACGCCAGGUGCGUACAUACUGCGUAGCUGUCGGUUUCGCGGCAUCAAACGGCGGGCCGAUGGCGACGCGAGAUGGGGCUGUGGCGUUCGAGGACUUCUUCCCGGUGAUGGUGGCGAGGCUUGGGGCGCGGGGGUUCAUGGAGGAGCUGAGCAAAGGGUUCCGCCUCUUGAUGGACAAGGAGAAAGGGGUGAUCACUCUGGAGAGCUUGAGGAGGAACGCGUGCAUGCUGGGGUUGAGGGGCAUGAGCGACGAGGACGUGAGGUCGAUGCUGAGGGAAGGUCAUCUGGACGGGGAUGGGAGUUUGACCGAGAGGGAGUUCUGCGUGCUCAUGUUCAGAUUGAGCCCUGGCUUGAUGAAGGGUUCCAAGGAAAUGUUAGAGGAGGAGGCCAUUGAUUCUUGACUUUCCCGAGCUCUUCGCUUUUGAUUGCCUUGUUACUACCGGUCUACUCUUUCCUCCUUUUUAUACAAUUUGGGGAUAGUGUGUCCCGAUAGCGCUUUAUU